UGAAAAUCGAAAUCGAAUGUUGUUUUUCAAUGGCGGAUGAAAAUAUGCCAUCUGUAACGAAAUUAGGAAACCACUUUGCCUCCACUAACAUGGCAGGUUACAGGCAAAAAUAUAAGACAUUAAAAAGGAAAUUAAAAUUUCUAUUAUAUGAACAAGAAAGUUUUCAAGAAGAAUUGAGAAGAUCACAAAGGAAACUUUUGAGAGUUUCAAAAGAUAAAAGUUUUCUCCUUGACCAACUUCUUCAAGUAGAAGGACUUGAUUUCCCCUCCUCAGAAGAUGAAGAAACUGCUAUUUCAUCGAGUGAAGACGAACUACAGAAGAAAAUUGUCGCCGACAGAGUGCCAAAAGAGAAAAGGUCCAAAAAGCAAGCCCAAGGAGUUUCCAGCUCACCUGUUGAUUCGUCAAUUCAUCACUCAACGACGUCUUCGCAAGACACCAAGGUUGACCACAACAACCAAAUUAGAUGCAAGUUUUUCGAAAAUGGUAAACAAUGUGUAAAGUACAUCAGCAAGAGAGCGAAAUCAGGAUAUUGUACUGCUCAUAGGACGGUGAUCAGGAUAUCAAAACAAAACAAUACUGGAAAGCCCACUCAUCUUCUUCCCCGGUCAAAUGAACAAAAUGAGACAGAACUCGUUCGUCAGGCUCGAAUUAAUGACCUUCACUUAUUACGGAAUCAAGAAACAAAUGAAUUUCCAACGACGUCUGCUGCCUUACCUCAGGAUGUUUUCAGUAUGGAUGACGACGAUCCAACGAGUGAAAACGAAGGUUCAACAGAAUCACAUAGUUACCACAACAACAUCUAUGAAGGAGAUGGUGAUUUGAUAAUUGAUCUUCCUGAAUAAUCAUAUAAGGAAUUUCUCGCAUCGUUUAAAACCUAUAAUAUAUUUUCUCAUUGUCAAGCAACAUAUUAAAGUUGAAACAAUUCAUGUACAAGCUGCGUAUAUAUUAAAGGAAUACUAAAUGUUUUCUGUGCAGGAUAGCGUGAUACUGCGCGAUUAAACAAGCCACUUAGUGUUUUUGUAGUUAGGGCAAACCGUUGUUCCAUGUUUUCUUUAACUUGUAUGUCUAUCGUUUCAAACUUCGGCGU